GUUACCGCCUAAAACACGGUUGCCAACUCACAUUCGUCAACUUACCGAUGUCUCACAUUUCGCAUUCUGCAGGCCGGUUAUCAAAGAUGGGUCAAAAUCUUUUGAAAAAGGUGAAUUCGGAUACGGCAUUAAAACAAAAUUCCAGGAACAAGGUGCUUGUAUAUUAA